AUGAAUGAUGUCGUCGGUGAUCCGAAAGCUGAAAGAAAUUACGAAUCAUACGAAGAAUAUACUGAUCUACUAAGAGAUAAAAAAGAAAAAGAUCAUGAAGUUGCGCGAAUUAACAUUGGAAAAGCAGCGGUUUACCAAAAGAAACAUAACGAUUCGAAUUCAAAGCUAAAGAAAUACAGUAAAGGUCAACUAGAUUAUGCCAAGAUACAUCAGCCCGAAAGAUGGAAUUCCUCAAAUGCCUAUGAGGCAAGACGCUUAAUUUUGAGAAUGUUGGAGAGUCAGUCAGAUAGUCAGAAGAAAUUUGAUGAUAAAAGUGUAAACGAAAGUAAUACAGAAAAGAAGUUUUUAAGUGUCAAUGAGAGGAAGAAAUGUGAUGAUAAUAGUGUAAAUGAAAGUGAUAAAGAAAAUAAAUGUUUAAGUGUCAAUGAGAAGAAGAAAUGUGAUGAUAAUAGUGUAAAAGAAAGUGAUAAAGAAAAGAAGUGUUUCAAAGAAAGUGAUGAGAAGAAAUAUGAUGAUGAUUAUUUUAAAGUUGAAGAUGAUGUUAAUAGUGUCAAUGAUAUGAGUAAUGAAGGUGAAGAUAAUGAAAAUAAGAGGUGUUCAAGUGUUAAUGGAGAAGGAAAAUGUGACAAUGGUAUAUUGAAUGAAGUUAUAGGUAAUAGAAUGAAAGUGUGUAAAAUAAGAGAUGAAAAUGAUGAUGGAAAUGAGAUAAAUGAAGAGAAGAUAGAAGAAAAAGUUGAGAUGAAUAAUGAAGUUAAAAAGGAGUUUAAGAUGAUAGAAGUCGAAAAAGAAAUUGAUGACAAAAUAAAGAUGUUAGGUGAAGAAAAGGAAAAAGAUGAAGAAAUAUAUCGCGCUACAAAAUUAAUUCUAGAUGAAAUGAGUAGAGAAGAUCAGAAGCUGACAGAGUUAGAUGGAAAUGACUUUUGUAAGAAAGCAUCAGAUUUGUUGAAAGUAUGA